AUGUCUGUUCCCUCCGAGCACAGCAGCGAUGGACACAACAUGCAGUCCCGCCUGAGAAACCUCUACCAGGCCCACAAGCCUGAAAUCCAGAUCAAUCUGCACCGCAGACGGUCUGUCUACAGCACCUUGGACAAAAUCGAGGGCGUUGCCACCAUUGUCGCACCCACAGACACAAGCUUCGAUGACAUUGAGGUCGAAUUCGUAGGAACAACGAGGACCUACGUUGAGCGUCUGACCACCGCGGCAGCCAUUUCUGGCAAAUCUGAGGCUUUCCAUCAAUUCCUGAAGCUCAAGCAGCCACGUCUCCACGAGCAUCUCCCAGAAGACCGAACUUUAAAGGCCGGCCAGAAGUACGAGCUCCCCUUCGUCUUCGUCGUGCCACAACAGCUCCUCCCGCGGAUAUGUCAACACAAGGCCGCAAACCAGUCGCUCCGCGAUACACAUCUCCAGCUACCACCCAGCUUCGGCGAUAAGGAAGCCGAGUGGAAGGCGGAAUCUGUUGAUGACAUGGUUCCGGAGAUGGCUAGCAUCCGCUAUGGAGUUUUCGCCAGGAUCUCGAAGGACAAGGAGGAAGGCGGCGACACCGUCAAGGCCACUAUUGCGAGCAAAGCCCGUCGCGUGCGCGUUGUGCCAGCUACGCAGGAGCAGCCACCUCUCAUUGUCGAGAACGACAGCGAAUACACCAUGCGCAAGGAGCGCACCAUUCGCAAAGGAGUACUUCAAGGCAAGUUGGGCACACUGGUCGUUGAAGCAUCACAGCCAGCACCUAUGCGUCUGCAAGCCCACCGGACCGGCGAACAACAACCAUCAAUGGCCACAGUCGUGCUCCGCUUCGAUCCCGUCGACACAAAGUCUCCUCCACCACGUCUAGGCAGUAUGGCAACACGCCUGAAAGUCUGCACCUACUUCGCCAGCACCGCCCGCAGCACCUUCCCAACCAAACAAGCCUCGCUCCUAGACCUCUCCCAGGGCAUGCACAGCGAACAAAUCAACCUCUCCUCCCGCUGCGUCGCAAGCGUCGAAUGGACCAAACACGACGGGUCCAAACCCGUCCUCGAGCGCCGCGACUCAGGCCUUUCCGCCACAGGAUCAACCCCCACCACCACCACCCCAGAACCCAGCGAGACCUACAAAGGCAAAUCCUACUACACGUCCAAAAUCCUCGUCCCCCUCACCCUCCCAUCCACCAAAGCCUUCGCCCCCACCUUCCACACCUGCCUCGUCAGCCGCGUCUACCAACUCAAGCUCGAGCUGGGCCUACACACAGCCGGGAUCGGCGGCACCAUCGACCUCAAAGUCCCCAUUCAAAUUACCAGCCACUCCAGCGGCGACGCUAGCCCGCGGUCCGGCUCUAUUGAUUCGAAUAUGGAGAUGAUUAUGGAUGAUGAGUAUAGCGAUUACUUCCAGUCGAGGACGAUCCAUGUGCCUGAUGAUGCGUUGCUUGGACGGAGCCGGAUCGGAGUGCAGGUGGUGGGAGGGGGUGGGGAUGAUGCGCCGCCUGGGUAUUCGUUUUAUGCGAGUCAGACUGGGAGUUUGACUGUGCCGGUUUAUUGA